UCUCCCUCCUCACUGCACAGAUACUGCUGCCGCACGUACGUGCUUGCGUAAGAAAGGGAGAAUGGGUCAAGGCCAGGAAUAAAAAUCUCCAGAGCUAGAGCGCAGGUGAAAACUUGCCCCCACCGCUUUGGAGUGAAUUUCCGCGGUCUACACGGCAGUGAGUGGUCGACGGACCUCAGUACCCAGCAUGGCGACAGAAGAUUGGCGGUGGCAGGGAGGGGGACCGGCGAACGAGAAUAUGAAGGGCGUCGCCGCCGGGGGCAACGGGACGAUCGUUGCAGUUGGUCGAACGGAUGGCGAUUUUUUCCCCUUUGCCAGCCUGGGCGGAUUUGACUUCUUGGCGGUGAAGAUCGGACCAGACGGGCUGUACUUGUGGCAUUGGCAGGACGGCACCAGCGACGAGGACAACCUGAACGAUGCCGUCGUCAACUCGGACGGGUCGGUCGUGUUGGCCGGAAGCACCGAGGGUGACUGGGGCGGUACAAACGCCGGGCUCGGCGACUUCGCGGCCGUUAAGCUCGACGAAUCCGGAGCGGUUCUGUGGAAGUGGCAGAGCGGUACAUCUGACGACGAGCUUCUCGUGGGGAUAACUUCCGCCAAUAGCGCUAGCGGGAGCGAGGUCGUGCUAGUCGGCCGAACGGAGGGGAGUUGGGCCGCGAGCAACGCCGGCGGGUACGACUUCUGCGCCGCGAAGCUGGAUGCCGAUGGCAACGAGCUCUGGUCGUGGCAGGACGGCACGGGCGCCGACGACACCACGAAAGCGGUUGCCGUGGACGGGGACGGCUCCGUCUUCCUCGCAGGCUAUACGGAAGGCGACUGGAACCAGCCCAAUGAAGGCGAGACGGACUUCGCCGUGACCAAGCUAGAGGCCAACGGGACCCUGGCCUGGCGGUGGCAGGGUUGGCUCGAGGCCGCCAACAACGAAGACAACUGGUGUACGUGGUUCCUGAUCUUGCUGAAGUUUGAACUUAUUCUGGUCUUGUUCUCCUGGUGGGCGAUAAUCCUGAUUGUGGGCGCAACUUGGGUCGUCAUUUGCCAGAACAUCGGUCUUUUCAUGAAAGCGCUACGAGGAGCCUCGGAACAAUCCCUGAAAGAGGAGGAGGAGAAACUAAGCCAGAGGCAGUCAUACAUGAACAGCAUCAAGUUCGUCGAAGCGGCUCUUGAGAGCGUCCCACAGCUCUCAUUCCAGACGUACGUGUUCUUCCGGUUCGGCGGGGAUCCCAUGCGCUUCACCGUGAGCGCCUUGUUGGCGAUUGGCUCCAUUGUGCUUGCCCUGUACCUGUUCCUGACAACGAGCGAGGAGAUGAAGGCGGCCCUGAAUAUGUUCAGGGCGAUCUUUCGUCGAGAUGGUGCUCCCGCUGUUGCUGCUGCUCCUGCUGCUGCCCCAGCCGCUGUCCUCCCGCCCCCCCCCCCCCCCCUAUUCUCAAGGAGACCAUGAUGUCUUUCAGACUCAAGAGAAGAGAUGGCACUCAGUUGCCGAGACCAACAAAGGCUGCCGGAACGCCUGCUGCCCAACUACGCUUACGCUGGCACGCAAGAUAUUUUGCAAGCUUCUGUAUUUGGGCUGUUGUUUGCCCUGCUUAGCUUCUGGCUCUUACGGGCACGUGCUGUGUAGUGCCUUCGCGAAGGUUGAUUUAUUCUUGGUCGUGACCUGCCAAUUCAUGAGCCGGGGUAUUUAGCCGUAUUGCAAGUACCAAUCAUCCUUGGCCAAUUCUUCAUUGAGGGGGUCUAUCCAAUGUUUAUAUCGCAUCGUACAUGAGAUGACUUGGUGACAGCGACAAAGUGCAAUGUCACUAAACCUUCGAGUCAAGGUACGCAGUAGUAGUGCAGUCGUGCUUUCUACUGUUUCAUGUACUGCUGGGCAAGCAGGGUGCCUUUUUGGUCGUCAUUUUCUAGAAGAAACUUCACCAGGUUGAAGUUUGAAUUUUUCUUUACAUGUGUAUGGUGAGCAUACUUGAGUUUCACAGCUUGCUGAAUCAUACGGCGCACGUAAGAAUUUUAUCUUGUACACGUGAGUACGCAUCGCUAGAAAUUAUUGUUUUUGGCGACUAUGUAGUUGAUGCGAAGCAUUUGCUUGGCCAACCUUGUGUUGAGUACGAUGGGCCGAUCUCUACCAAAGGACCUUGUCAUCUGAUUGGUUGGCACUUUGGGAAGUAUGUUCAAGUGUGGUUCCGUCGGUAUGCGUUGUUUGGAUGGUGCAGGCCCCGUGCAACUCCCAUCUGCUCACAUACUGUGCUUUCCGUUCCGGUCUCUCCGACCAAAUUUCCACAUAUAUUUCUCCAAAACACCUUCGUUUACCUCCGGGAGCUCUUCGUCCUCGUGCAAGAGUCCGCCGACACAAAUCUCCACGGAGGUUGACUGAUAGAUAUACUUGUAGCAAUGCCAAGUGGUUGGUACGGGAUGUUCCCAUGGAAUGAGGUAGAGCGGAAUAUCGGGUGACAUGUGUGGUACGUAGAGUGGAGGCUGGUACCUUUGAGGAAGUAAUGUAGCAACCAGGGAGUGUUAACAAGGCCAAGUGGGUGUUUAGUUGGAAUGAUGAGUAUGUACGGCCGACCAGUGUGAAAUCACGGCUUGUAGCGAAAUGAGGUAUGCAGCGAGUACAUGUAGAUUGUGGAGAGACGUAUGCACCGACUGUAGCGGUUUCUAGUGUUCGCUUGUUGGCAGCGAUGGCAUGUGAGCAACAUCGUUCUCUUCGUCAUUUUGACAUCAAGCAAGCAUUUGUCUAGUCGGAUUUGGAUGAGGAUGUUUUCAUGCGUCUGCCAGAGGGGUGUGGUAGGUUGUCAGGUAUGAUAGUGAUGUUGAACAAGAGUCUGUAUGUCCUUAAGCAGGCAUCAAGGCAAUGGCAUUCACACUUGGCGAGGUGUUUGAUUUGCUUGGGUUUUAUUCAGUGUCUGGCGGAUACGUGUGUGUUUCGGUUGAUCGAGGAGGGAAGAGUGGUAGUGACUCUGGUAGUACAGGUGGAUGAUAUAUUUUCGGUUGGGGAGGAGGAGGAGAGGUGUGACCAAUUUGGUAGGGACCUCAACACCAUGGUACCGGUGAAGAAUCUUGGCGACUUGAUACUAGGAUACGAGAUCCGACUCGGGAAGAAAUUGUCAAACCAGGCGGGCUGUUGGCAUUUUUUCUUGUCCAGACUAAUUAAUUGGUGUAUGACAUUGCCGGCGACGAACUGUUUUUUGGCAAGCAUCCGCCCCCUAUUAUGGCGAACUUUUAUUCGGAGGAGGCUGUACGGCUACGUCUUGCCGGCGGCCAAUCGCUCGAGAGUGAAUGGAGGGCCGACUGGGUCAAUCACAGGCACGCAGCUUCAUAGUUCACCAGACUUGGAUCUUGUCCUCGAGGAAGAGGGUCGGCUGGAAUGUUCGUUGCUGCGACGUGUUCUACUGACGUCUCUAUGUUCUUUGAAAAGGGUAACUACCAGACGCCGAGAGCAUGACGUGCAGUUCAUAUGGCGGAGAAUACAAACCCAACCGUGUCUGCCGUUGUUUUUGUACGAUGCCCGCGCGCGGAGCAAGUGUGAAACUAUUGGACCGUGCGUUUUGCAGGCAGUUCUUCUUGCUUGUGUUGAAGCGGGCGUCGCACAUCCUGUUGAGUUCUACCACGUUUUCAGGACCCAUUCCGACGGAGAUGGCUUCCGUGACCGAGAUGGAGUUCCUUGAAGUUAGCGGCAACAUUGCUCUCCGAGGUAAUUGAAAAUUGGAC